AUGUCCCUCCGCUUUACUUCCACCCCUAUCGCCACUACCUCCGCCGUAUCUUCCGUCUUCACCACGGUCAGCCACCACUUCUUCUCCACCAUCGCCUGCCGAACCACCAAUUUGUCAAAACUCCCCAAACCCUUCUCAAGAAUCCCCUGGAAGCACAGGCUCCAAAUCAUACAAGAAGCCCAGAAGCAACUGGCGGACUACCUCCACGCCACCCGCUCCAUACCCUUCCCUUAUGCUGACCACAUUGCCAACAAUUGCCCUCAUUCCCUCUCCAGUGUCGUCGCCAAGGUUCCUUUCUCCCCCUCCACUUUCCCCAAGUCCUUCCAGCGCUUUCUCAGGUACCACCCCAUUAACGAAGUCGACUUUUUCUUCGAAAGCAUUGGCUUAAAUUCUACUAAGAAAAACGAAGUUCCUAGAUCCCCUUUACCCGUUGAUACCUUAUUUUUGUCUGAUUGGCGGCAAUUCAAUGCUGCUUGUGCUCUUGCGGGGUUUGGUUUCCCCUGGGUUAAGUUGGGCUUGCUGUAUAAGGAGGAUUGCUUGAUUUUUGACAUUGAGCCUCUGGGGUUGAAUAGAAGGCUAAGUGGGAUGAAGGAUAAGUAUGGUUUUAGUAGUGUUGAUGUCAUUGGGAUAUGCUUGGCUUUUCCUCGUGUUUUAUAUGGUGAGAUGUGUGGGUUGCUUGACGAUUUGAAAAUCAUUUUUGUUGAUUAUGGCUUGGUAAAUUGUGUGGAUGGCCAUGUUGAUGCCGUGUUUGAGGUUUGCAGGAAAAUUCGGGUCUUUUAUGACUUGGGUUGUGAGAUGGGGAAGGUUGGUGAGUUGAUGGGAAUAAAUAAAAGCAUUUUUGUUGAGUAUCCAGAAGAGGCUUUGGUUGCAAAGAUUGAGUAUUUUUGCAGAUUGGACGUUAGGAAGGAUGAAAUUGGUUUGUUGCUUCUUUCAAGACCAGAAAUUUUUAGUUUUGAUUUGGAGGAACGGGUGAUUUCAGUUUCGGGAUUUCUGAAACAUUUCAGAUUGAAAGCAACAGAACUGGAAUCUCUUGAAAAGAAAUACCCUCAUGUUUUUGGUAGGAACAAAAUAGCUAAUCUGCCUCAUGUCAUGAGGUCCAUGGAUCUCGGACAGUGGUUCUUUGAGAGGAUGAGGAGUGGAGAUCACUCUUUGUUGGGUACUUAUUCUAUUGGAAGUCCAGAUGAGGACUUGGAUAAGGACUACUCAGACAACUUAACGAAAAUUCAGGCUAAAAGAACACACUUUCAUACUUUUGGAAAGUUGAGUUUCUUACAUGGCAUAGGGUUUGGAGAGAAUAAGUUUACAGUAAAAGCCUUAGCUAAACUGAACAGCAGUAGCAGCCAACUACAACAACGUUUUGAUUUCCUGCUACACUGGGGAAUUGAAUUCUCAAAACUCUGUGGAAUGUUAAGGUUGUCAGCAAAGAUUCUGAACCAGCAAGAACGGUUUCUUGAAGAAAAACUUGACUUCCUUUGCCAUGAUAUAGGAUCCUCUCUGCAGUACCUUGAUGUUUUUCCAGGAUAUUUAUGUUAUGAUUUAGAGAGACGAAUUAAACCAAGAUACAAUUUGCAUAAGUGGCUUGUGGAGCAGGGUUUGUGUAAGAAAGAAUACUCCAUCUCUAGCAUAGUAGCAACUAGUGAGAAACAAUUUGUUGCUCGCCUUUCUCGCAUCCAUCCAGCUGCCUCGAAGAUGUGGUUAGAGAGUUCCCUAAACAAAGAUGCAGGUGCAAGUUGUGAGGAGCAGUCAGUGUCUUGA